AUGAUGAACAAAGUGUUUGGUGCUGUGUUUAUAAUACUGCAGACAUUAACAGAGAAUAGCCUUCAGCAACAGAGUUCCGGCAAAUCAGUAUCAGUACCGGAGAGUGUUGUUUGCGAAUCAGUAGGACGAAUACCAAACGAUGCGUCCGAGUCGUGCACUUCAUAUUACUUAUGCACAAUGAAUUCCGAGAGCGGCCAGUUAGUUCCACUGCUGGCGCAAUGUCCCGGUGCAACAAUUUUUUCACGAGAGCUUGCGAAAUGUGUGGAAGGACCAGCCUAUUUAUGUCAAAAUGCUUCAUUCCAAAUAGCUCCAACAGAAUCGAAUUUGGGUGCCCGCGAAUCUAAUACAGUUCAAACAGUAAACUCUGAGCUUCGAUGCACAAGUACUGGUAGUUUUCCGAACUUCGCUUCCACGGAUUGUAAAACAUACUUCUUGUGUUUAGAAAACACGGAUGGAUCUUUUAUAGAAUAUCUCACAAGUUGUCCAUUGUCCACUGUAUUUUCGCCCGAUGAAUCGAGAUGUGUGGAUUCUUCAUUAUACAUAUGUCCUAAUGAGAAAACAACUACAACAUCCAAUGUUCAGUCAACGACCACUCCAGUGGUACCACCUUUUGUUUGUCCUAGUUUAGGACGAUUCGUUAAUGAACAAUCCUUGGAUUGUAAAACAUAUUUUCUGUGUAUAAUGCAAGGAAAUGAUCAACUUGUACCAAUGAUCACUUCAUGUCCAUCAUCUACGAUAUUUUCUGCGAUAGAGUUGAAAUGUGUAUCAACUGCUUUAUACACUUGCCCUAAGCAAACCACAUCCACAGAACCCACUACAACUGAAAUGACAUCAAGCAACAACGAUAGUACUUCGGAUUCACCGCUUACCACUCCUGGUACCUCAACGACGAGCACGCAUCAGACGGAAACAUCAGAAAUACCUCUUACUACUCCUGGAUCCGGAACAAACUCACCUACGCCAACAAAUAUACCUCUUACUACUCCAGGUGUACCAACUACCCCUGGAGUAACGCCAACGCAUUCGCAAUCAAUCGAGUCAACCACGAGCACGCAGGAAACAUCAGAAAUACCUCUUACUACUCCUGGAGCUGAAACAAACUCGCCUACGCCAACAGAUAUACCACUUACUACUCCAGGUGUGCCAACAAUCCCUACAACAACCCCUGCGUAUUCAUCAACAAUCGAGUCAACCACGAGCACGCAGGAAACAUCAGAAAUACCUCUUACUACUCCUGAAGCUGAGACAAACUCGCCUACGCCAACAGACAUACCACUUACUACUCCAGGUGUACCAACUACUCCUGGAGUAUCACCUACGCAUUCGCAAACAAUCGAGUUAACAACGAGCACGCAGAAAACAUCAGAAAUACCUCUUACUACUCCUGGAGCUGAGACAAACUCGCCUACGCCAACAGACAUACCACUUACUACUCCAGGUGUACCAACUACUCCUGGAGUAUCACCUACGCAUUCGCAAACAAUCGAGUUAACCACGAGCACGCAGGAAACAUCAGAAAUACCUCUUACUACUCCUGGAGCUGAAACAAACUCGCCUACGCCAACAGACAUACCACUUACUACUCCAGGUGUACCAACUACUCCUGGAGUAUCACCUACGCAUUCGCAAACAAUCGAGUUAACCACGAGCACGCAGGAAACAUCAGAAAUACCUCUUACUACUCCUGGAGCUGAAACAAACUCGCCUACGCCAACAGACAUACCACUUACUACUCCAGGUGUACCAACUACUCCUGGAGUAUCACCUACGCAUUCGCAAACAAUCGAGUCAACUACGAGCACGCAGGAAACAUCAGAAACACCUAAGACCUCUGAGUCCGGUAGCGUUGACGGUACCACAACGCUCUUGCCAAUCGGAACAUCUACCAAUUCUUUUGAGUUUGAGUGUCCCGACCAAGGGCGGUACCCAGAUCCAAGAGCAGUAGAAUGUGAAUCAUACUUACUGUGUAUUACAAAUAGUUAUGGAACCUUGACACCAGUUAAAUUUUUCUGUCCUUACAAUGCAAUUUUUUCGGAAACCAUGUACAUGUGCGUUUCCAAAGAAUUAUUUUCUUGUGGGAUUGAGUUUUCAACGGCUUCCACCCCUUCAUCCACACAGGUAAUAACUUCAACUAUUGUGAUUCCAACGCCCACACCUUUUGUAUGUCCUCAAACCGGUAGAUAUUCCAAUCCUGAUUCGAUCUAUUGUAAAUCGUACUACCUUUGCGUGUACGAUGGAAAAAUGAACUUAAUUUUCGUUGAACUGAGCUGUCCUCCAGCAACAAUAUUCGUAGAACAAGAACAUAAAUGUGUAUCGGCAAAUGAAUAUGAAUGCACACCAGCCUCUACGGAAUUAACAACACCAGUCACUACGACGACAGAAGUACAAGGCAGAUGUGAUACGACGGGUGGGAGAUUAGCUAACUACGCAGCAAACGACUGUAAAACCUACCUGUUUUGUGCAAAAUUAACAUCCGGCGAGAUUGUAGAAAUACCCUUAAAUUGUCCGAGCAAUACGUUGUUUGAUGAAAAGCUAAAGAUCUGCUCGGAUAGUUACAUUUGCCCCAGGAAUGAUUAAUAUCACAAUUUAACUUAAAGUUAUUCAUUUUUGGGUGGAAGCAUAAAAGUAUAUUGUGAAAAUUGGUAAUCAUGAAUGAGAAAUAAUAGAAAAAUAAUACAGUAAUUUUAAAUAUAAAACCAU